AUGGUGCUCACCAAGUCCAUGUCCGCUGAUGAGAAGAUCGUCCUGGCCAAACAAGCCGCCGACGCGGCCGUGGGACUGGUUGACAGUGCCAACGACACCGUCGCGGGGGCUCAUCCACCGCCCAAGGCUAUGCAAGGCCGACCGCCAGUGGAGGACGAGACGGAGAAGGAGGAAUCCCAGGCCAACCUCCGCCAACUCGUGGCCACGAUCGCGGAGGAGCGACGUGAGCGGCUAGAGGAAUCUCGUCGGGUGUGGCGUCGGUUGGACGAGCUCCAGGAGAUGUUGGUGGCGCUAUACGGCGUGCGCCAACAACCGCCAAAGGGAUCUGCAGGCGGCGAUGGGUCGAGUGGAGCGGCGGCGGUGGUCCUUUCGCCGGCAACAGAGGAGAUGGAGACGGUGCCGACGAUUGGGGGCGAGGGUGACCGGGCUGCAGAAUAG